AUGGGUAAACGAAAAUUAGAAGAUAAAGGCGAUCAGGAGAUGCUUGAGGGCAGCAACCGCAAGAAGGCUCAUAUUGUUACGUCACGCGCUAGUGAAGAAGAAGAAGAGGUGCCCAUCAACCAGGGUAAAGAAGCAUUAACUAAGGAAGAAGACUCUUCAGAUUUAAAAGGUAAGAUUGAUUCUGUGCUCAGCAACAUUCACAAAAAACUUGAAGAGUCACAAGCAGGUAAAGAAACCUCAACCGAAGGUGAUAUUAAAACAGAUGCACCAGCGGCAAAUUCAAAAGAAGAAAGUGAUAGUUCAAAUAAAGAAGAGAACAAAGUUACUGAAGAUAAGAAAGUGGAAGAAAAAGUUUCUGAAGAAGCCAAAAGUGAAAGUGCACAUCCUGUAAUUGAUGUUGAUCAGCCAAGGUUGACUGAUGUUUUACUCAUUGAGCAUGCUGUUAAGAAUUUACAAACAUCAAUAGAUUCAAUCUUACAAAGUUCCCCAGAUAAUAAUGGUCUGAAAAGAAUGCAAAAUUCGAUCACUGAUGAAACUAACCCUCAACUAACUGCUGCUUUACAACGAUACAAGAUGAGAUUAGGAGCACAGUUGAAAACUAUGUAUAACGAAGGUGAACUAAAAAUAUUUGAUCAAAUUUUGCAAUUUGAAGAGAUUACAGACGCUUUGGAAGCUCCAAAACCUUUAAAAUUUACUGCACAAUUCACACCAGAUGAUUCUGGUAGCUCGGUUACAUCAUCUGCUUCGUCAUCAACAACAAGCUCAUUUGUAGCAAAUCAAAAUAAAGAUCUUCCCCCAAUCCCAGAAAUUAAAGAUCCAGCUAUUCGUGCCAGAGUUUUCAUUCACAAAUCAUUAAUUAAAGAUAAAUUAUACCUUUCCAAAAAAGAACAAUUACAUUCACAUAAUGAAAGACUUGAAUUUUUGGGAGAUUCAGUCCUAAAUAAUAUGAUGACCCAAAUUGCAUACCAUAGAUUUCCAGAUGCUGCUGAAGGUUACCUUUCAAUUUUAAGAACUAAAUUAAUCAGCAAUGCUACCUUAAUGAAAUGGUCUUCUGCUUAUGGGUUAGAUAAAGAAUUGAAAAAAAAUACAUCAGAGGAAACUCUGGGCCAUGGUAAAAUGAAGCUGUAUGCUGAUGUUUUUGAAGCUUAUAUUGGUGGUUUAAUGACCGAAGAUCCAUCAAAUUAUCCAGUUGUUUAUGAAUGGUUAAAACAAUUAGCAGAACCAAUUUUAUCACUGAAUGAACCUAAAAAGGAAACAAGAUCAGAAUUUAGAGCAAAUGCUAAAAUGGAAUUAUAUUCAUUAAUCGGUAGUGCCAGUUUAGGUUUACAUUAUGAAUGUGUUGAAAGAGAUCAAACUGUUCAACCAACUAAAUUCGUUGUUGAAUUACGUACAGGUGCUAAAGAUGUAUUAGGUAAAGGUGAAGGUGAAAAUAUUAAAAUCGCAGGUACAAAAGCUGCUAUGCAAGCAUUAGACGAUAAGGAAUUAAUUGAAAAAUAUUCAUUAAUACGAGCAAAUACACCAAGAGAUACAUCUAAACUACCGUCAACAGAAUUGAAUAGAUUGAAAUCAAGAGAAACUGCAUCAAUUUCAUCUAGAGACUCAAGUGUGUCAUCGAAUGGAACAAGUCCUGGAAUUGGUUCUAAUCAAAAUACUGGGAACAGACAAUAUCCAUCAAAGUUCAGUAAACCUUCAGGUCCAUCAGGUCCAUCAUCUGAAAAACGAGGAAAUCCUAGAAGAGAUACUCGAGGAACCUUUGGUAAUAAUAAUCGUGGUGGUAGAUUCCAACGUGGUGGUCAUUUCAACAAUAAUUCUAGAGGAAGAGGGAGAGAAAGAAACUACGGUGAUAGAUUUUAG